CUGUCGUCUGCUGUACGCUGUCUUUCUUUUCUCUGUGCGUCCAAUGCGCUGAAACUGAAAAAAUGUCUGACACGCGACACAUGCUGCCGACACUGGAGGUCUCUAAUGAAUGUCUUGUGUACCAACGAGGUACAGAGAGGACUAAGAAACUGCUGCACAUUCGAUCAGAUUGCCGCGUGGCAGUUCACCUCGUGUCAAAGUUUUCAACUGAGCGACUAGGUAAGCAUCCACCUCAAAAAAUUGGUUUAAAUUUACGUGAGCCGACAUCGCAAGAAGUUAAAAAUUCUUUUGCUUACAUAUUCAUAUGCGUGCACCCACAAGAACUGACAUUGUUGUUUGUCACUCACUCUACAUGCAAGAGUCCAGCAGCCAUCAAGACAAACACUGUGGUCUGUGCAAGCAGCUUGGAAACAAGGGUUCUCAUGUGACUUCACCUCUUCUUGUGGCACUGCAAAGCUGAAGACGUAGACUCUGAAUACAGCGUUAUAUUUUUUGGCUUGGAAAAUUCGCAGCAAUGAGACGAGUAAGAUGGCAUAAAAGGCUCUUUCGUUGUGCAGUAUUUUUAUUUUUCUCGUAUGUCUGCUAUCGGUUGUACCUCAUCAUUCCUCAGGGUGAAGGCAGAGACAACAGUACGGAUAGUCUUGGAAGCCUAGACCAGGAAAUCAGGUUUCAGAAAGCAGGAGCACUUCCGGCGAAAAGGGCACCAGGGGAAAACCAAUGGAUCAGCCUCCAGCAUCAUGAUCAGUACAGUGCACAGAAGAAUGGUGUCCAGUUCAAUGCAAGUGGAGACCAUAAGUCUUUUGUUGCAUUUCAGCAGAGAAAUGGCGAUCAACAGGCUAUUCCUGCUGAAAAAAAUGAAAAGGCUGAAUCGUUCCUACGGAUGGAUGUACAUCUGAAGGAAGCCCCAAAUUUCUCUGCGAGUUUCCGUCAGUUACAGAACGAAACAGUGAAACGGGAAAUGGAGGACGAGAUGAAAGAGAGACUGGCCAAAUUUCUUUCAGAGGUCGAACAACGAGCAGAAGUGUUUGAUCCAUCUGAACACAAGAAUUUUCGAGAGAAAGACGACCAUUUGGCUUUUGUGACCGCUGGAUCAGAUCUCACUUGGGGCGGUUUGCUUCAGUUUGUGUACUCAGUCCAGUACCAUUAUCCAGAUAGUGACAUUGGUGUAUUCGACAUAGGCCUGAGCAAGGAGAAAAGAGAAGAGAUUGAGAGGUUUUGCAAGGUGUCGGUGUUGGAUACGUACAUGCAAUUUUGGCCGAAACACAUUACAAACCCGAAGCUAAAGCUGUGGCGUCCUAUUCUAUGGCAGAUGGCUCUGGCACACUAUGGUCAUAUUGUGUACAUAGAACCAGACCGUUUUUUGAUGACAAAGGCGAUGAAGGACUACAUCGAACACAGUCGGCAUGCAGGUAUCACAGUAGCAGGACGCCGACUGCAGUACAGUCCUUUUGUUGUCACCAACCCAGAAAUGUAUUACUUUCUUUCAGUAGACGUUCGCAAACUUCAAAAAGUCAGCAUGUUUGAUGUAAAUAUGAUCAUCCUUCAUAACUCUCAACCCGUUCGUCAUCAUUUUAUGCGCUAUUUAAUUUCUUGCAUCUUGGAAGAAUACUGUGUAGCCCCUCCAGGGUCUACUAUCGUCUGCGACCAAAAUCUGUUUACAGGGUCGCAAAAAUAUGCCAAUUGCCAUCGUUAUGAUUUGUCAGCAAUAAAUAUUCUAUUAGAUAAAUGGUUUGAUUACAAAUCGGACAUGUUCCUUGUGCGAGACAUUGUAACAGCUCACUACGACGGAAGAGAUGUCAGCAGGUUUUUAAGGACUUGUGAUUCUGAACGACGGGAAGAGAUAUAAACGUGGUCUUACGCCGAACAGGAGAACUGCACGAGAUCUGUUGUGACCUGGCAAAGAGGGGAAUCUCUGAACUUGUAUAUUGUUACAUUUGGCUAUAUCGUCCACUACAUAAGAAAAUGUACUUAAAUGUUUAUGUAAAACGUACAUCAUCUUGCAAUUCGCUUUGAACUACAUAAACAGUCAUAGAAUUUGAAACAUGUUUUAGGUGCAGUUCAUUGAAGUGCAUGCACUCAGAACUACAAUUGACAAAUCCUCCAUAGGUUGCAAAGCAGCAUCAUUACAAUUACAACACACAAUAAAUAAUAAUGGUUACAUUUCUGCAUAAACAUAAUUAUCAAGGCAUGUAGUAGUAAACACAAGAAAGAACAGCCUUGGGUUGAUUAUCUUAUGUGUAUUUCUGUUUCCUCUUCAAGCAUAGAAAGUGAUAGAAAAUUAUAUCUUAUACACGAUAAGUGCCUUAAGCGUGCCCUUAGGGCAGAAAUAAGGCGCUAUACAAGUGACCUACUACUACUACUACCACUACCACUACUACUACUACUACUAUUAUUAUUAUUAUUAUUACAUAGAUAUCGUCAUAGAAGCAGAAAGAAAUAUGUCAUGAGGUCACGCACCUGCCAUUAGUGUGCAGACCAACUUCUAACUUCUUACUACUUUACUCGCUUUGCUGCUGUCUCAAAGCCUGACUUUCUCCACUUUGAAAGCUAGCUGUUGGCAUCACUCCCACAAUACGUUUCAAGCACGAUGUUAGCCUUGUAUUUUGUCCUAUUGUACUUGAUUGUUGGAUUUUAUUAUGAUACAGCCAUCGAUUCAACGAAACUGAAAGAAAGUAAAACUGUCUCAAUUCAAGGCAAA